AAAGCGCCCAAUGAAAUGAUAAGUACGUGGGUGGGCGAGGGUUUAAAUUGACAGAGAAACAUGGACCGGCGACUGCGGAUUAGAGAUCGCGGAGGGACGGUCCUCUGUCUGCCCAGACAGCCUCGCCUCCCAGCGGGGAACUCCACCGGCCGGGGGAAUUCAGGAGAGCUCUGGGCCCUGCCUGCGCCGAGAGUACCCCUCAGUGCCGCUGUUCGCUGCCGAACCGCCGGCUGCCUCCCGCACUCUGGUGCUGGAGCGAUGCGGGAGGGUCAGCCGGGACAAGCACUGGACGCCGUGGCUCGCCAGCGGGGUGGACGCAGCGCUCUGCUGCCUUGCCACCAGGAGAUGGCGAAGGUGGGGUCCAAAACACUGGUGAUCCUCCUUCUGUGGUGCGCGGCCCUGACAGUUGCCUUCGUGGGGAUGACUGGUUACCUGCUGAUAGCUGGCGACUGCAGGAAGGACUGCAAGCCACACUCUGAUUACAGGCCUUCGGAAGGUGGGACAGAUGAAGCCAAUCACACCAGACAGCAGUUCACUCUCCCUACCCCAGCGGGCAGUCAGCCUCCACACAGGACGGACCCAUACAAAGGAGAUCCCACAAGAAAGCUGCCGAUUGCUCAUAUUAUAGAAAAAUCUGCUGGAGGAACUCGGUGGGUCGAGCAGCAUCUGUGGGUGGAGAGGAAUUGUCAACAUUUCGGGACAGGUUGCAGGUUUCAGUCUGAAAUUCUGACAUUUCCCAAUCUGGAUGCAUCACGGCUGCUCUGCUCGAGACGGGAAGAAUCUGCAGGGAGUUGCGGACACAGCUCAGCACAUCAGAGGAACCAUCCUCCUUCUCCAUGGACUCUGUUUGCCCUUCUCCUCUCCCCCUCCCAUCACGCAGAAGAUAUGAAAUCCUGAAAGUGGGUACCACCUGGCCUAAGGACAGCAUCUAUCGUGGUUUUAUAAGAUGAUUGAACAGUCCCUGAGGACAAUAAGAUAGAUUCUUGAUCUCACAAUGUGAUUUGCACUCAGGUUCCCUUGAAAUCUUUCCCCUCUCAUCUUAUCCAUUAGACCAUCAGACAUAGGAGCAGAAUUAGGCCAUUUGGCCCAUCGAGUCUGCUCUGCCUUUCAAUCAUGGCUGAUCCGUUUUUUUCUCCUCCGGAACCCCAGUUCCCAGCCUUCUCCCGGUAAUGUUUGAUAUGUCCAGUCAAGAGCCUAUCAAUCUCUUCCUUAAAUACACCCAGUGGCUUCCACAGCUGCACGUGCCAACAAAUUCCACAAAUUCACCACCCUUUGGCUGAAGAAAUUUCUCCGCAUCUCUGUUUUGAAAGUGCAUCUCUCUAUCCUGAGGCUGUGCCCUCUUGUCCUAGACUCUCCCACCAUGGGAAAUAACCUUUCCACAUCUACUCUGUCUAGGCCUUUCAACAUUUGAAAGGUUUCAAUCAGAACCCCCCUCAUCCUUCCGAAUUCCAGUGAGUACAGACGCAGAGCCAUCAAACGUUCUUCAUAUGGUAACCCUUUCAUUUCUGGAAUCAUACUUAUGAACCUCUUCUGGACCCUCUCCAAUGCUAGCACAUCUUUUCUAAGAGGAUAAAUGUGAGGUUAUCCACUUUGGUGGCAAAAACAGAAAAGCAGAUUAUUAUCAGAAUGGUGGCCGAUUAGGAAAAGGGGAGGUGCAACGAGACCUGGGUGUCAUUAUACACCAGUCAUUGAAAGUGGGCAUGCAGGUACAGCAGGCAGUGAAAAAGGUGAAUGGUAUGCUGGCAUUCAUAGCAAGAGGAUUCGAGUACAGGAGCAGGGAGGUACUACUGCAGUUGUACAAGGCCUUGGUGAGACCACACGUGGAGUAUUGUGUGCAGUUUUGGUCCCCUAAUCUGAGGAAAGACAUCCUUGCCAUAGAGGGAGUACAAAGAAGGUUCACCAGAUUGAUUCCUGGGAUGGCAGGACUUUCAUAUGAUGAAAGACUGGAUCAACUAGGCUUAUACUUGUUGGAAUUUAGAAGAUUGAGGGGGGAUCUUAUUGAAACCUAUAAAAUCCUAAAGGGAUUGGACAGGCUAGAUGCAGGAAGAUUGUUCCCGAUGUUGGGGAAGUCCAGAACAAGGGGUCACAGUUUGAAGAUAAAGGGGAAGCCUUUUAAGAUCGAGAUUUGGAAAAACUUCUUCACACAGAGAGUGGUGAAUCUGUGGAAUUCUCUGCCACAGGAAACAGUUGGGGCCAGUUCAUUGGUGAUAUUUAAGAGGGAGUUAGAUAUGGCCCUUGUGGGUAAAGGGAUCAGGGGGUAUGGAGGGAAGGCUGGUACAGGGUUCUGAGUUGGAUGAUCAGCCAUGAUCAUACUGAAUGGCGGUGCAGGCUCGAAGGGCCAAAUGGCCUACUCCUGCACCUAUUUUUUCUAUGUCUAUAUUCUGUUUGGGUAGCGUCCAACUUGAUGGCAUGAACAUUGAUUUCUCAAACUUCCGGUAAUGUCACCCUCACCCUGCACCAUUCCCCAUCCUCUUUUCCCUCUCUCAUGUUAUCUCCUUGCCCACCCAUCACCUCCCUCUGGUGCUUUCCCCCUCCCCCUUUUCUUUCUUUUAUGGCCUUCUGUUUCUUUCACCAACAAAAUUAAUAUCCUGACAAAAUUAAUUUCUGCUGACGAAAGCCAAUUGACCACAAUCUCCAAUUCAACCGUCAUUGCCACACAUCAACAAAAGGACCCUCCGCACCAGACACACUCACGGCAGGUGACUGUAACUGGAUGAUACCGAGCAUUUCAAGGGAUUUUAGACGUGAGAUUCACAGAAACCAUCACCAGCUCAGUCGCUCAUUCCUGGGAAGGUUGCACAUUGCUCUGUGAUGUACAAAUAUUGUGGGAGGCCAACUUAGAGAAAAAAAUAGGCAGGACGGCUUCAAUCAGUUCUGAGCUGGUGGUAAACGUUGCCACCAUCUGUUUGAAAUCUAUCACUGCCCAAUCCGUGUCUGUGUACUUUCACUGAAUCAAAGUUGCUCUCCACCACCACGACUCUCCUCUGUCUGGUGGAACUGGUCCUCACACCCAACAACUUCCCUUUCAGCUCCUCCGAUUUUCUCUAAACGUAAGGCGUAGCAACAGACUUUCACAUGUCCUCAGCUAAGCCUGCCUUUUAGACAGCUAAAUCCAUGUUCCAAGCCUUUCUUGGCUAAACUCCUGCAGUACCGCAAUUGUCUACCAGAAGCGCUGCAGUUUCAGGAAUGAACGUCGGCUGUUGUAAAUGUUCGAUGGGAAGAUGUCCUGGCUUCUUCAGUUAAUCUCAAGUGACGGAAGGAUCAGAAAGACAACAAACAUUAAAAAUCAAUGGACCCAGCAAGAAGGGCUUGUCACAGUUUGUUCAGGAGAGAAAGGAACAAUCGGGACUUUAAACCUCGGUGAACUGUAGAUUCAGAGUAAUUGGGAAGGUACUGAAAAUACCUGUCGACCAACUCGGUGGAGAGUUCAAGGUCAUCUUCAACCUCUUGCUGCUGCAGUCAGAGGUUCGCACCUGUUUCACAAGGGCUUCCAUCACCGUGCCCAGGAAGAGCAGGGUGAACGGCCCCGAGGACUAUCCUCCAGUGGCACUCACAUCAGCUGUGAUGAAGUGCAUUGAGAUGUUGGUCACAAUUGCUACUGCCUGAGCAAGGCUGCAGUUUGCCUAUUGUCACAAUAGGUCUAGAGCCAUCCAAUCUCACUGGUUCUCCUCUCGGCUUUACAACACCCAGGCAACCACAAUAUCUACCUCAGGCUGUUGUUAUAUAUUACAGCUCAACUUCAACAUCGUCAUCCCCUCAGUACUAAUAAAGAGCUUCGAAGCCUAGGCUUUCGUACCUCUCUCUGCAACUGCAUCCUUGACAUCCUUAGCAGGAUAACACGGUCAGUGCAGAUCAGUGAUAGUAUCUCCAUCUCCAGCUCACUGAUAACCUACUCUGGCACCUCAAGGAUGCUAAGCCCACUGCUCGACACUCCCUACACCCAUCAUGUGGCGCAGCUCAGGUGCCAUUUAUAAAUACUCUGGUGUCAACACGGGUGUUAGUAGGAUCUCAGAUGUUGAUGAGGAGUUUUCAGAUUUAUGGGCUGACAGACGUCAGGAAGGGGAAAUCGGGAGAACACACACUGGUCCUCAUUGAGGGUUCAGGGGAGGGAAGGGUGAGCAGCUUCAAGUUCCCAGGAACCAACACAUUGAUAACGACCGAUCUUGGGCCACACACAUUGAUAACGAUCUAUCCUGGGCCACACACAUCGAUAAAGAUCGAUCCUGGGCCACACACAUUGAUAACGAUCGAUCCUGGGCCACACACAUCCAUAAAGGUCGAUCCUGGGCCACACACAUUGAUAAAGGUCGAUCCUGGGCCACACACAUUGAUAAAGAUCUAUCCUGGGCCACACACAUUGAUAAAGAUCGAUCCUGGGCCACACACAUUGAUAAAGGUCGAUCCUGGGCCACACACAUUGAUAAAGGUUGAUCCUGGGCCACACACUUUGAUAAAAAUCUAUCCUGGGUCACACACAUCGAUAAAGAUCUAUCCUGGGCCACACACAUCGAUAACGAUCGAUCCUGGGCCACACACAUUGAUAAAGGUCGAUCCUGGGCCACACACAUCGAUAAAGAUCUAGCCUGGGCCACACACAUUGAUAGCGAUCGAUCCUGGGCCACACACAUUGAUAAAGAUCUAUCCUGGGCCACACACAUUGAUAAAGGUCGAUCCUGGGCCACACACAUUGAUAAAGGUCGAUCCUGGGCCACACACUUUGAUAAAGAUCUAUCCUGGGCCACACACAUCGAUAAAGCUCUAUCCUGGGCCACACACAUUGAUAACGAUCAAUCCUGGGCCACACACAUCGAUAAAGAUCGAUCUUGGGUCACACACAUUGAUAAAGGUCGAUCCUGGGCCACACACAUUGAUAAAGGUCGAUCCUGGGCCACACACUUUGAUAAAGAUCUAUCCUGGGCCACACACGUCGAUAAAGAUCUAUCCUGGGCCACACACAUUGAUAACGAUCAAUCCUGGGCCACACACAUCGAUAAAGAUCUAUCCUGGGCCACACACAUUGAUAACGAUCAAUCCUGGGCCACACACAUCGAUAAAGAUCUAUCCUGGGUCACACACAUCGAUAAAGAUCAAUCCUGGGCCACACACAUCGAUAAAGAUCGAUCUUGGGUCACACACGUCGAUAAAGAUCGAUCCUGGGCCACACACAUCGAUAAAGAUCUAUCCUGGGUCACACACAUUGAUAAAGAUCUAUCCUGGGCCACACACAUUGAUACAAUUACAGAAUAACACACGGCAGCGGCUACCCUUUAUUUGGAGUUUCACGAGGUUUGGUUCGUCCCCACUUAUGUAAAUUUCUGCAGGUGUACGGUAGAGAGCAGUUGGGUCAACUGUGCAGGAUCGAAAGAGGCUGCAGAGAGUUAUAGACUCAUCAGAUCAGAGGCACAGACCUUCCCACUCCCGAGGAAAUCUUUAAAAGGGCAUCCAUCAGGAGGGGCCUCACUAUCCAGGAUAUAGCUUCUUCUCAUUACUGCCGUCAGAGUGGAGAUACAGAAGCCUGAAGACAUGGAAACAUAGAAAACCCACAGCACAAUACAGGCCCUUCGGUCCACAAAGCUGUACCAAACUUGUCCUGACCUUAGAACGACCUAGGCUUACCCAUAGCCCUCUAUUUUUCUAAGCUCCAUGUACCCAUCCAGGAGUCUCUUAAAAGACCCUAUCGUUUCCCCUCCACCGCCAGCGCCAGCAGCCCAUUGUACGCACUCACCACUCUGCAUAAAAAACUUACCCGACAUCUCUUCUGUACCUACUUCCAAGCACCUUAAAACUAUGCCAUCUUGUGCUAGCCAUUUCAGCCCUGGUAAAAAACCUCUUACUAUCCACACGAUCCUCUCAUUAUCUUCAGUACUCACUACAGAAAAGGAUCUUGACGAUUGUAGGGAUGACUUACAGUGGACUGAAAAGCUUGAGCAUUUAGAUAUCAAGGCAGAGGAUGUGCUGGAGCUUUUGGAAAGCAUCAAGUUGGAUAAGUCACCGGGACCGGACGGGAUGUACCCCAGGCUACUGUGGGAAGCGAGGGAGGAGGUUGCUGAGCCUCUGGCGAUGAUUUUUGCAUCAUCAAUGAGGAAGGGAGAGGUUCCGGAGGAUUGGAGGGCUGCGGAUGUUGUUCCCUUAUUCAAGAAAGGGAGUAGAGAUAGCCCAGGAAACUAUAGACCAGUGAGUCUUACUUCAGUGGUUGGUAAGUUGAUGGAGGAGAUCCUGAGAGGCAGGAUUUAUUAACAUUUGGAGAGACAUAAUAUGAUUAGAAAUUGUCAGCAUGGCUUUGUCAAAGGCAGGUCAUGCCUCACGAGCCUGACUGAAUUUUUUGAGAAUGUGACUAAAUACAUUGAUGAAGGUAGAGCCAUAGAUAUAGUGUAUAUGGAUUUUAUCAAGGCAUUUGAUAAGGUACCCCAUGCAAGGCUUAUUGAGAAAGUAAGGAGGUAUGGGAUCCAAGGGGACACUUGCCCACAGAAGACAGAGUGUUUGUAGACGGGUCAUAUUCUGCUUGGAGUUCGGUGACCAGUGAUGUGCCUCAGGGAUCUGUUCUGCGUCCCCUUACUCUUCAUGAUUUUUAUCAAUGACCUGGAUGAGGAAGUGGAGGGAUGGGUUAGUAAAUUUGUUGAUGACACAAAGGUUCGGGGUGUUGUGGAUGGUGUGGAGGGAUGUCAGAAGUUACAGCGCGACAUCGAUAGGAUGCAAAACUGGCUGAGAAAUGGCAGAUGGAGUUCAACCCAGAUAAGUGUGAGGUGGUUCAUUUUGGUAGGUCAAAUAUGAUGGCAGAAUAUAGCAUUAAUGGUAAUAUUCUUGGCAGUGUGGACGAUCAGAGUGAUCUUGGGGUCCCAGUCCAUAGGACACUCAAAGCCUCUGUGCAGUUUGACUCUGUGGUUAAGAAGGCGUACAGUGCAUUGGCCUUCAUCAAUUGUGGGAAUGAGUUAAGAGCCGAGAGGUAAUGUUGCAGCUAUAUAGGACCCUGGUCAGACCCCACUUGGAGUACUGUGCUCAUUUCUGGUCGUCUCACUACAGGAAUGAUGUGGAAACCAUAGAAAUGGUGCAGAGGAGAUUUAUAAGGAUGUUGCAAGGAGUGAACUUGGCCUUUUCUCCUUAGAGCAACGAAGGAUUGAGGUGUGAUCUGACAGAGGUGUGUACAGGAUGAUGAGAGGCAUUGAUCGUGUGGAUCAAUGUAGUCAGAGGCUUUUUCCCAGGGCUAAAAUGGCCAGCACAAUAGACAAUAGGUGCAGGAGUAGGUCAUUCAGCCCUUCGAGCCAGCACCGCCUUUCACUGUGAUCAUGGCUGAUCAUCCACUAUCAGUAUCCAGUUCCUGCCUUAUCCCCAUAACCUUUGAUUCCACUAUCUUUAAGAGCUCUACCCAUCUUUUUUUUGAAAGCAUCCGGACACUUGGCCUCCACAGCCUUCUGGGGCAGAGCAUUUCAUAUAUCCACCACCCUCUGAGUGAAAAAGUGUUUCCUCAACUCCGUUCUAAAUGCCUACCCCUAAUUCUUAAACUGUGGCCUCUGGUUCUGGACUCACCCAUCAGCGGGAACAUGCUUCCUGCCUGCACAAUGUCCAAUCCCUUAAUAAUCUUACAUGUUUCAAUAAGAUCCUCUCUCAGCCUUCUAAAUUCCAGAGUAUACAAGCCCAGUCGCUCCAAUCUUUUGACAUAUGACAGUCCAACCAUCCCGGGAAUUAACCUUGUGAACCAACGCUGCACUCCCUCAAUAGCAAGAAUGUCCUUCCUCAAGUUUGGAGACCAAAACUGCACACAGUACUCCAGGUGUGGUCUCACCAUAGCCCUGUAGAGCUGCAGAAGGACUUCUUUGCUCUUAUACUCAAUUCCACUUGUUAAGAAGGCCAGCAUGCCAUUAGCUUUUUUUUUUGUGACCAUCGACCUCAUCACUGUCCUGCAGGAUUUCAUAAAUCACAAUAAUGUUAACCCUUAGCCUCAUUUGCUUCAGGGAAAACAGUCCAGGUCGAUCCAGAUUCUCCUGAAGGCCUUGAGCCCCGAUAACAUUCCCUUGAAUCUUGUCUGCACACAUUCCAGCUGAAAGUCAUCCUUUCUACAGCUCGGUGACCAGAACUGCACCCAAUAGGCCAUCAGACCAUAAGACAAAGGAGCAGAUUAGGCCAUCUGGCCCAUCGAGUCUGCUCUGCCAUUCAAUCAUGGCUGAUCCUUUUUUCACUUCUCCUCAACCCCAGAGUCCGACCUUCUCCCCGUAUCCCUUGAUGCCAAGAACCUAUCAAUCUCUUCCUUAACUACAUCCAAUGACCUGGCCUCCACAGCUGCAUGUGGCAACAAAUUCCACAAAUUCACCUCCCUCUGGGAAAAGACAUUUCUCCACAUCUCUGUAUCCAAAGGCUGCCCUCCAUCCUGAGGCUGUGCCCUCUUGUCCUAGACUCUCCCACCAUGGGAAACAUCUUUUCCAAAUCUACUCUGUCUCAGCCUUUCAACAUUCGUAAAGUUUCACUGAAAUUCCUCCUCAUCUUUCUGAAUUCCAGUGAGUACAGUCCCAGGCCAUCAAACAUUCCUCGUGUGAUAACCCUUUCAUUCAUGGAAUCACCGUUGUGAACCUCAUCUGGACUCUCUCCAAUGCCAGCACAUCUUUUCGUAGAUGAGGGCCCAAACCUGUUAACAAUUCUCAAGGUGAGGCCUCACCAGUGCUUUAUAAAGCCUCAGCAUCACAUCCUUGCUCUUGUAUUCUAGACCUCUUGAAAUGAAUGCUAACAUGGCAUUUGCCUUCCUCACCACCGACUCGACCUGCAAGUAAACCUUUCGGGAUUUCUGCACCAGGACUCCCAAGACCCUUCGCACCUCAGAUUUUUGGAUUUUCUCCCCAUUUAGAAAAUAGUCCAUACAUUUAUUUCUACUACCAAAGUGCAUGACCAUGCAUUUUCCAACAUUGUAUUUCAUUUGUCACUUUCUUGCCCAUUCUCCUAAUCUGUCUAAGUCCUUCUGCAGCCUCCUGUUUCCUCAACACUACCGGCCCCUCCACCAAACUUUGUACCAUCUGCAAACCUGGCAACAAAGCCAUCUAUUCUAUCAUCUAACAACAGGAAUUCUGCAGAUGCCGGAAACCCAAGCAACAUACAUCAAAGUUGCUGGUGAACGCAGCAGGCCAGGCAGCAUCUAUAGGAAGAGGCGCAGUCGACGUUUCAGGCCGAGACCCUUCGUCAGGACUUUCUAUCAUCUACGUCAUUUGUAUUCAGCAUAAAAAGUGGUCCCGACACAGAACAUGUGGAACAACACUUGUCACUGGCAGCCAACCAGAAAAGGGUCCUUUUAUUCCCACUCACUGCUUCCUACCAAUCAGCCAAUGCUCUAAACAUGUUAGUAACUUUCCUGUCUUACCAUGCGCUCUUAACUUGGUAAGCAACCUCAUGUGUGGUACCUUGUCAAAGGCCUUCUGAAAAUCCAAAUAUAUAACAUCCACUGCAUCACCUUUGUCUAUCCUACUUGUAAACUCCUCAAAGUAUUCCAACAAGUUUGUCAGGCAAGAUUUUCCCUUGAGGAAACCAUGUUGACUUUGACUUAUCUUGUCCUGUGUCACCAAGCACUCCAUCACCUCAUCCUCAACAAUUAACUCUAACAUCUUCCCAACCACUGAGGUCAGGCUAACUGGUCUAUAAUUUCCUUUCUGCUGCCUUCCUCCUUUCUUGAAGAGUGAAGUGACAUUUGCAAUUUUUCUCUGACACCAUACCAGAGUCCAAUCAUUUCUGCAAGGUCAUGUCUAAUGCCACCACAAUCUCUAAUGCUGCCUCUUUCAGAACCCGAGGGUGCAGUUCAUCUGGUCUGGGUGAUUUAUGUACCUUUAGCUCUUUAAGCUUUUUGAGCACCUUCUCUUUUGUAACAGUAACUGCACCCACUUCUCUUCCAUCACACACUACAACAUCAGGCAUACUGCUAGUGUCUUCAUCAGCCAUCUCCUUGUCCCCAGUUAUUAUUCCCCUGCCUCAUUUUUAAUGGUCCAAUAUCUACUCUUAUUUCUCUUUUAUUUUGAACAUACUUGAAAAAACGUUCACUAUCCACUUUGAUAUUAGCUUUAAUAAGUCGAGGGAUAGAGUUUAAGAGUCGCAAUGUAAUGAUGCAGCUCUAUAAAACUCUGGUUAGGCCACACUUGGAGUACUGUGUCCAGUUCUGGUCGCCUCACUAUAGGAAGGAUGUGGAAGCAUUGGAAAGGGUACAGAGGAGAUUUACCAGGAUGCUGCCUGGUUUAGAAAGUAUGCAUUAUGAUCAGAGAUUAAGGGAGCUAGGGCUUUACUCUUUGGAGAGAAGGAAGAUGAGAGGAGGCAUGAUAGAGGUGUACAAGAUAAUAAGAGGAAUAGAUAGAGUGGAUAGCCAGCGCUUCUUCCCCAGGGCACCACUGCUCAAUACAAGAGGACAUGGCUUUAAGGUAAGGGGUGGGAAAUUCAAGGGGGAUAUUACAGGAAGGUUUUUUACUCAGAGAGUGGUUGGUGCGUGGUAUGCACUGCCUGAGUCAGUGGUGGAGGCAGAUACACUAGUGAAGUUUAACAGACUACUAGCAGGUAUAUGAAGGAAUUUAAGGUGGGGGUUUAUAUGGGAGGGAGGGUUUGAGGGUCAGCACAACAUUGUGGGCCGAAGGGC